UGAUUGAUUGAUUGAUUGAUGUAACCAUCUGUUUGAGUUUUCUUUCCUUAAACGCAUUUUCGUUAUAUUUUACUGGAUUGUUGUGUUUCCUGAUUGGAGAAAAAAACUAACAAAAAAAAAAAAAAAACAUUAAAAGGCUUCUAAUGGUGUUUGUUUUAUUCCACAUUGGGCUUAGUGUAAUGGCCGUAAUGAGGAAUCACAUGGUAACUAAACAUGGAUAUAUAUGAUAUCUUUUUAAAUGAGAUUAAAUGAGACUAUUCGAAGAAGAAAAAAAACACAGUCGUGCAUAACUACAACGAGUAUGAACGAAAUGUAAAAAGAGUUUGUGUGGACUGCUCUGCUUGUGCAUGUAAUUUCACCUGUUCUCGUUUGUAGCUGAAAUCUCGCGAGAGUUCGUUCCUAGUAACGCACUGUUUACACAGAUACAGGAAGCAGCGAGGGAAUUAGUGUGCACAGAAUGGUGUUAAAUGAGUGAUGUAGAUGGCUUAAUGGAGCCUGUCCAGCGACAGCAGUGUGUAUGGAGCCUGAUAAAGGAGUGUGUGCCAGACUCCGAGCUUCCUGAGAUAAAGGCUAUACUCGGGGAUGCACUCAUAGACAUGUACACAGAAGUCUACUCUGAGGUGCAGAUGUGGGAGCAGAUGUGGCAUGAGGUGCAUGAUGGGAAAUCCCAGAUGCCCCACUCCUCUCUUGCUGACCCUCCAGCUGUUAAAGAGCUGCUGCGUUCUGAGCUCCAGCUGCUGCUGCUCAGUCUCAGACAACAGUCCACUACACUGGGCAGAGAUGGAGAUAAAGUCAUGUCCCGAUACAAUCCCAAGGUGGUGAGUUAUGCACUCAGCACAGAGAGACAGCGAAGUCCAGACAGCUUUGAGUGUGCAACACCAUCUAGCAGGCCUGCGUCCAGCAGGUCAAGCUCAAGACUCUCAUCUCACUCCAGCAUCGAAGAUGAAAUUGAAGCUCUGCGGCACAAACUGAACAUCACCCAUAUAAACGAAGUUGUGUCCCAUCUAAAAUCAGUUCUUACUGAGGAAUGUGAAGUUCUGAAAAAUGAUGUUCAGGUGCUGCAGGAGAGUGUGGAGUUGGAAUAUCUGAAGCAGAGCGGCUUCAUGGAACCCACACUAAUAGAGCUGAAAAAGGAGCGCCGACUUAUCCAGCAAGACUUGGAAGCCCUGAAUUUGUUGAAUGAGCCUACAUGCACAGAUAAACCGAAGCCUGAUGUUUCUCAGAUUCCCAGCAGGGAAAUGAAGCAGCCAGUCUCACCUAGAAGAGAUUUUCUUCAACCAAAGCCUCCUCCAGCUGUAGCACGACAUGAUAACAGACCUAAUUUCUUGGGCCAAACCAGGCACAGAAUUUCUCUUAAGGCUAUGCAGCUUCCAGGGUCAUCCCCGAAUCCUUCACAGCUUCAGGAACUAGAUUUGGAGAACUCCCAUAUGCCGCAGAUUAGCUCUGCUUCUUCAGCCACUAUACAGAGUUCUCCGAGUGAGUCGAAAAUUGCAUUUGUAGGAUCUGCAACCUGUAGACUUAAAGAUGGGGCACUGGCUGGGCAUUUCGGGGCUGCCCCAACACCACUGAUACCUGCCCCACCGGCAGGGCAGAGAGCCAGCAGUAGGGGGCAGCGAGUGGGCAGACGCCUGGCACCUAAUCAAACAGGAAACCUGCUCAGUGCCACCUAAACGCACCUGAGAUAAACAUGCAUGAUCUAGACAUAUCAUUUACAUUCCAAACUAUAUAGUAAGACUAAUGACACAUGUUUACACGUUUAUUUCAUACAUGCAAUGCAAGUAAACAGCUCAGGUAUUCCAUAAAAGGCACACAGACAGUUGAUCUUUAAAAUAAACUUUAUUUUACCAUUUGAAAUUGAACCAUUUAAGAUACACAGCUGACGCGACUAAGACAAUGUUUGAUGCAAUUUGGCCCUAAGAUUCCAAAGACAUGGUUAGAUAUGUUUGAUAGAAAGUUCUGAGCUCAUUUUCAGUUUCCCUGCCAUCACAGUAACUUCACCAGGACGUGACAGUAGUGGACAGUACAGUAGUGGACACCUUCAUUUUUUUUACUUUUUUUUUUUUUUUUUAAUUGUUAUUUUUUUUCUGCAGUUCGUUUGAGUAGUAGAGAGUGAGUGGGGUCGUAAUGCUGUACACGAUGCUAUUAAACAUCAUCAAAGUGACACUGUAAAGUGCUGGAACAUGAACAUGCACGAUGAUGCAUUCCGUUCGGAAAUAAAAGGUCUCUUUACAACAGCAAGGAGCUUGGAUAGAAAAAAAAAAUCCAAAUACGUCCAAAUACGAUAUAGUGUGCAUUAUUACUUGGCGAACCCACAAAAAAAAAGAAAAAAAAGAAAAGAAAAUCAGCUGUAUUUAUAGUGGAAAUGAAUAA